GUGGAAUUCUUUUGAUGUGAUCGGACGUAUAUAGAAAUCAACUGCCGACAGAGGCGACAAAUAUCAAAGUUUAUUCAAAAGGCAGUAAUUAUAAACAUUUGCAGCUGACGAGGCACUUCGUCGGGUAAGGCGAUCCUCCUUGAGAAGUGCUGAUUGACACAUCCACUAUUUCAACCGACGCUGCAAACUUUUUAACCAUGAAGACCAUGAACUUCUGGCUCCUUUGCUGCGCACUUUGCGUGGUGACGUCACGUGGAUCCGGAGGACCUGUCCAGGAAACGCUGGACAUAAUCCGGCUGAUCCGGGAGGUGACGAACUCCAUACUCAAGUCGUGGGAUCUGAUCGAAAAGAUCCCGGCGUCGGAGGUCGCCGCCGGAGCAGUGAUCUACGCCAAUCAGCUGCAGAUAUUAAGCAAGCUCGAGGAGUUCACCGGGAACAUCCGGAAUCUGGAGGAGCAGCAGGCGAGGAACACAGUUUUGAUCAUUGAGACUCUGCUACGGGAGUGGCAGGGCAAGGAACAGGUGCUGCACCGGCUUAACCAGUGGAAGGACGUCACCAAGUUCAUAGAUUUUCGAUACAAUCAGCUAAACGAUUACGAACGUAACAAGGAUUCACUGGAGUCCAUCACCCUGAUCAACUUCGCGAAGUGGACCGUUGAUCCCGGCUCCACUUCGCUCGCCUGGCUGUUGCAUGCGCACCACGAUUACCUGUACGCCACUGGUCCGGAACUGGACUACAAGCACUCCUUGCUCUCGAUGCUGACAACCAAUUUUGAUAAGUCCCCUGAGCAAAUAUGCCUGGCCAGACAGUCCGCCCAACAGUUCGCCUACCAGCUCUUCUACAAGGCAACUUUCACGCAGCUGAAGGGCUACAGCCUGAUGGAGAUCUCUUGGAUGCUACUGCGCCAAGCAGGGCGCGGGAACUUCACCGAGGAAAUGCGCUUAAUGCGACGCAACCACCAGAAUCGCAUGCAGAAUGCACAGCAGGUUCUCCAGCUGGUCAUCUCGGACAGCAGUCGGCUUUACUGGCGCUGCGAUCCCGGCAAGAACAAGCAUGUGGAGGGCCAGACCUAUGGCCGUGUAACUCGUCUGCUGCAGGGCUUUGUGGAGAACGAAGUCAACCUGAAUACCGAACAGAGCUGCAUGAACAGCUGCGGAGACUACCAUGACACCCGCUCGAGCGGUUGCUACAAACCGGAGGAGGAGUUCUGUGGCCAGCAGCCCGCCUGCAAGGGAAGGCUCUACAACUGCAACACCAUUGAGUCCGACAUCUCUGUCUGCCCGUCGUCGAACGCGUCCUCUGCCAGACGCUAUGAGUACAUCUCCUUCAAAGAUGAUGGCAACAGUCCGGACUGCGAGUCCCAGGUGAGAAAGCCCUCUUCCUGGUCAAGCUGGAUCUUCUGGCGCUGCCACUACUGUUUCUGCCUCUGCGACGAGCCAUCAACCAACUCUGAUCGCUACUUCAACCUUCGCGACUCCUUGUCGGAUUUCAAGCAGAACAAGGUUGUGACUGGCGUGCGGUUUGUGAAGAGCCAACGUGUCUUCCACUUGCAGCUGCAGUAGGGUGAGCUUCUGCCCAAGGGCGCCAUCAGGAACAGCUCGCUGGAAUGGCUGCCCGUGGAAGAUUACAACGUGACUGAUGUGGACGUGCGCGAUGGCUACGACUACCACACCUUGAGCAUGGAUAGCCGAGCCAUGGACGUGGAUGAGAUUUCAGUGAACUCGACGGACCAGGUGGUCACUGGAUUCCGGUUCCGCGUCUUUAAGCAACACCUGAACCUGGAGGUGCUUUUCAGUUCCUUCAACUUUUCUACCGGCCGCCUAAUCGAACCGCAGACGAAGAGCUUUUGGCUGGGCAACCAGAACUCGCAUCUCGAGGGCCAUCGCAAGCGUUUUAUUCAAUAAGUUUAAUCUUUUUUACAACAGCUAAGACCGCUGCUACCAAAUGUAAUCCCUUAUUAAUAUAUAAACCAUAAUAAAAUAAAAUGCUUUCGAGUUUGGAUUUCGAUCUAGAAA